AUCGCCAUCUCCAUCUCCAUCUCCUCUCUGGUUGUUAAUAAAAGGAGGAAGCUAAGAGAGAUCAGGAAGGAAGAUGGGAGCUCUCGAUUACAUCUCAAGCUUUUGUAGCGUCACCAGCACAAGAAGAAGCAAACGCAAACCGAUGCAGACGGUGGAGAUCAAGGUGAAAAUGGAUUGCGAUGGUUGCGAAAGAAGAGUCAAAGCUGCUGUUUCCUCCAUGAAAGGAGUGAAGACGGUGGAAGUGACGCGGAAGCAGAACAGGGUAGUGGUUCACGGGUACGUGGAUCCGAAUCGGGUGCUGAAGCGGGUGAAGAGCACCGGAAAGGUGGCCGAAUUCUGGCCGUACGUCCCUCAGCAUCUGGCCUACUACCCCUACGCCGCCGGGGCGUACGACAAGAAGGCUCCCGCCGGCUUCGUCCGAAACGUCGUCCAGGCCUUCCCGGCACCCUCCUCCAACGCUGCUCCCGAAGAAAACUUCGUCUCCUUCUUCAGCGACGACAAUGUCCAUGCUUGUUCCGUCAUGUAACUAAUGGUGUCAACUCAUUUGUAUCGACAAAUGAUAUAUAUAACUUGAUUAGCGUCAUGAUCACUUGUUGAUGAGCAUGCAUCCAGUUGGUUUUUUUUCCCCGAAGUAAAUCACUAAACGAAAAGAGGAAAACAAGCACUAGACACCAAAUUUAGGUGCUUCACAUUCAAUGAUAAUGUGACUACUCCAUGGAGAGUGGAAGAUCUCAAUUCUUAUACUUCAUUGUAUCCACGUUGAAUACGAGGAUACAAUGAAAAAAAAACAUGUUCCUUUUUCUAGUUCUAUGAGGAAUAGUUCUAUCCAAGAAUUAGACUGGACACGACGAUUCUUCACAAUCUAUCCUCAAUCGAUCAAACUCAUUGGCUUCCUCAACGGAGACAUUCGUAGGGUCCUAAUAUCGUUGCAUACUAUACGUGGCGAUUGCCACGGCGUAUGGUAGGGGUAAACCUUACAAAUAUCAGACAACUCAUAUGUUGUCAGGAUCGAAGUUACUAGUCAAAUAAAAUCUAGUGGGAUCU